AUGCUCCGACUCCUGUCGAUCUUGGCAGCCCUGUGGGUGUCCGCAGGACAGACCGCCGAGGACGACAGGGUGUUGGACAACGCGGCGGCCACCGUCGACAAGUACUGUGCGCUCAACGCAGAUCUGGAAGAGCUCGACGUCGAUGCAGCGCGCGAGGACCUGGAAGGCGGCGCCGGAGAGGACAACUUCAUCGUGAAGCUCAUCGAAGAAGCGGGCAUCGCCCGUCAGAACGGUGACACCCCGGCACAGAUCGCUGAUCGAUUCGGCGAGAUCGCGGACCCGGGCUUUGUGGCCUCAAAGGCCUUCGCUAUGGUUCUGGCGAUCUUGCUCUUCGUGUUGUGGGUCCUCUGCUGCUGGUUCGUGUGCUGCCCGUGCCUCUGCAGAGCUUGCUGCCGAUGCUGCCAGCGCAAGUGGGCCACCGGUAAGAUUUUCAAAGGCAUCCUCUGGCUGCUCUUCAUCGCCUUCGGUGUCGCAGCCGUGAUCAUGGUCUCCACAUCGAUGAGGGGUGCCACGAUGAUCGACAAUGGCAUCUCGGGCACGGCCUGUGCAGCCGCCACCUUGAUCGAGGACGCCGUCGCUGGCUCUCCAACUUACCAGUUCACCGGGCUCUUGCCGGCCUACAACACGCUCGCCGGGCUGGCCACCAUCCUGAACCCCGGCUCCUCCUUCCUGAACCAACUGCAGACCAUCAUUGAUCAAACCCAGGAGAUCCAGAAGGCCGUGGACCUUGCAUCUGGCACCAUCGAGGCACUCGAGACGAUGAUGAACAACCCGGUGAACAUCAACCCGGUGUCCGAUCCUACCAACCCGUCUUCGUCCACGAUGUACCACAAGUGCCAGGUCUGCGAGCCCUUGGCUGAGAUUUUGGGCAGGAUCAAUGACGUCUUUGCAAGCAGUACCGGUGAAGCCAUGGCCCAGCUGCGUGGAAAGAUCGAGGAGAACCUGCAAGGACAAGCUGCCGAGGACCUCCGAGUCUCCAUCACGGCGGCCAUGGAACCGAUCCAGGCAGCCAAGGACGCCUUCGUGGAGCAGGUGGGCUUCUUCGUCGAGCCCGGCUCUGGUGGAUUCCAAGCGUCCACCGAGAUGGUUGCGGGCGAAAACUCCAUGUUGCAGCCGGCAGUGCUGGCCUUCUUCGCCCUCUACUUGCUGAUUGCUGUUAGUGCACUCAUUGCGCUGGCCCUGUGGUCUGCCAAGGAUCAGCAGGGCGAGAAGCCGGACCACUGCUGCGUCCGAUUCUGCACUGGCUGCGUCUCCUGCAGCGCUUGCAUCUAUGCCAUGAUCGUCCUCCUCAUCUGUGGCAUCAUGGUCAUUGUUGCCAUGUUCGGUAGCGGCCUUUGUCUCGUCAUGAUCGACUUCAACCAGGAGACCGGAACCAACCUCAUGGCAGCUGUCGGUGCUGAUGUCCCAGCAGAGGUGGAGAUGGCUUUGAAGAUUGCGGACAGGUGCUUUAGCCUCACUCAUCCGGAGUUUGACCCGGGCUUCAGCCGCAACUUGGCGGACAUCGUCGACAUCCCGCCCAUGAACCAGACCAAGGCCGAUGCUGGCGAGACUUCCACCAUCCGCGAAGAGAUCUUCUCCUUCGCCCUGGACCCGAUCCUGCAGCAGAUCGACAACGCAGAAGCCUCCCUGGCCGGUGAUGGUUCGGCCCCAUCCAUUGCGAGCGAUGCCAACACGCUUGAGCUGCUCGCCAUGAUCGGAGCACUGGACAUGUCGGCUCUCUACCUUCCCGUGGAGAGCGAGUUGGCCGCUACAUCUUCACCAUACAAGCCGAUGAUGGACGAUGUCCAAGGCUCCACGAGCCCCUUCAAGGCCUAUCUGGUGAACAGCGUGUCUUGCUCCAACGUGUCCCUGAGUGAGGACCUCGGGGAUUUGGGCGGCCAGUCCGUUCCGGGCAUUGAGGCCAUGGCCGUGGAUGGGUUCACCGUGCAGGGCAGCGAUGUACCGGCCCUGAGCUACUACAUGGACGCGCCCAUGAGCGGAUCGUGCCCGUCCUACACCGGCGGUACUUGCAACAACAACUUGACGAUGCAGUUUUUCAAGCCGGGAUGUGACGCCGCGGUUGCCUUCCUCCAAGACGUCAAGCAGCAGUUCCAGACGGAAGAGCUGUUCAUGUGCACUUACAUCGUCAACGGCCCCACUGACCCUACUCCGUGCUACCCGCGCAACAUGGUGCAAUCUGGUGGAGCCUGGACCAAUACCUGCCUGAACGGGGGCACCGUGUAUCGACGCACUCGGAAAUGCACCCUCGCCGAGUUCAACUCCUUCGUCAAGGGUGCCGAGCAGGACAUCCGGAAGACCUUCGAGUACUUCGAUUCCAUCACAAGCUCUUUGUUGACCGCCAUCAUCACUGACAUGAAGGAUCUCGUCCAGACGGACAUCAUCACGCCAGUGGUGGAUCUUCUCGACAUGUUGAACUGUGGCUUCAUGCGAGCUUUCUGGGAGGGCCUGACGACCAACAUGUGCUACCGCGGCAUGAACGGCUUCCGCCUGAUCGCAAACAGCUACGUCAUCUCCGGUCUCCUGAGCUUGUGCAUCGCCCUGCUGAUCAUCAUUCCUUGGAAGAUCUCGAGGGACAAUGCAGACAAAUUGGCCAGGGAAGGCGGGCCCGUGGUGCAAGGCUCCGUGUGA